UUUGCAGAAAACACACUUGCUAUGUGUUUUAAAAGCCUUUUAAACAAGUAAACUGGAGAUAUUCUGCACAUGGGUGUGGGGAUUUAAAGCUCCAGGAAAGCGCUGCAGAGACUGUGAGUCAUGGGCGGUGUUUCCCUUCUGUGUGUGUCCUCCAGAGGGAAGACAAAGCUCCAAUACGGGGCGAGAAAGCUCAGGGGCUGCAUGCAGACUCAGGAAAUAAGUCGGCUGCAUGCAUGAGUCCGUGUUGGAGAUUUAACCAGCGAUUAAAGCACAUUUUCCACUCUUUUUCCCCCCCCUGCAAACCACCGAGAUGUGGUGAGGCAACCGGGGCUGGGAGAUCCAUGAGCCCGGGCUGAGAGCCUCUCCUCCGGGGAUGGAGAAGCGGCAGCAGGUCGGGUCCGGCUCGGUUGUUUGAGGACUAAAUAAAAGUGGUUUUCUUCAAGAACACUUUGCAUGUCCCACUGAUUUGGAUUAAACACAAUGUGCAGAAAAAUCGUGGAUCAAACCCGUCUCUAUCUAUCCAUGCAUGUUGCUAACCCUGGCUGGUUUCAGGCUGCUGGAUGUCCCACCUCCCUUUAGGUGAGACAGAAACUCCCUGACCUGCAGUGUGUGCACCGACAUGGAUAAACUCACCGUGAUUUCAGGAUGCCUCUUCCUCGCUGCAGACAUCUUCGCCAUCGCCAGCAUCGCCAACCCGGACUGGAUCAGCACUGGAGGAGCAUCUGGCACUCUCACGGUAGGUCUCGUCCGGCAGUGUCAGACGAUCCACGGCCGAGAGCGGACCUGCUUCCCGCCACAGCUUCCCCCCGAGUGGAUCACGACGCUCCUCUUCAUCAUCCUGGGCAUCAUCGCUCUCACCGUCACCUGUGGUCUGCUGGUGAUGUCACGCUGGCGCCGAGAAGCAGCCCGAUACGCCCGAUGGAUCGCCUUUACAGGAAUGGUUCUGUUCUGCCUGGCUGCUCUCAUAUUCCCCAUCGGUUUCUACAUCAACGAGGUUGGAGGACAGCCAUAUAAGCUCCCCAACAACACAGUGGUGGGCUCCUCCUAUGUCCUCUUUGUUCUGUCCAUAUUCUUCACCAUCGUGGGGUUGCUGUUUGCCGGGAAGGUUUGUCUCCCUGGCUGACUAGUUUUUGUACUUUUGGAGAAACACCACUAACGGAGGCAGAUUUGGACUCCUCCAUGCCGUGUGGGAAGUAUCGUUAAGGUCAAAAUAAACUCAGAGGAACCUGUUCUUGCUUCCACUUUGGAUGAAUUGUCUUGGGAAAUGAGCUCUAAUAUGGCCUUCCUCAUCUUCAGUCAUGAACAGUGAGUAGGAAGGGGGAAUAUUUUACGAAAACACCAUGGAAAUGAAUGAAAACCUCCAGACUUUCAAGGAAGCCCUGCUGCAUUAUCCGUCUCCUUAACAUUGAAUGACAGAUAACCCUUUUUCCUGUCAUCCCAUCAACCGAGAUGCACAAGUACUGACAUGUCUGGCCUUAAAACCGCCUGAAAAAGGACACACACAGUCACCUGGAGCAAACUGUAAUAAACAAUGAAGUUUGACUUUAUUGGCACAUUUGAUUUAUUUCUGAAAUCGUUCUGUUCCGUUUCUUUUUGUAAAGGCCUUAUGUAUGACACCAUGCCUUAAAGAGCUUUUAACCUAAAAAUAACUGAGAGGGUUCAGUUGAAAUGUCAUGGGGUCAAUUUGUUUGAAUCGUGGAUACAUGAAAGGAUACAGCAUUAAAAUAUGGCAACUUCUGUCCAAAAGGAUCAUAACACGUCAUUUUUACCUAUACCUCGAGAAUGUUAUUGUAGGGUUGACCGUUGACAAUCAAAGUGAAUAUAACAAGUAGAUAAAGGCAUCUAAUAUUAGGCUAAUUUACGAAAAUGACAUCAUUUUAAUUUAUGUAAACCAGAAAACAAACUCACAAAAUUUCAAUAUCCGAAAUCUCAGAUGAUAUCCAGUAUCAUAAAAGAAUAUCAGCGGUAUUUGAGCCGAAGGGUCGCCGGUUCACGUCUCAAUCUGACUAAUGUGGAAGCUACCCCUACUGUCCCCGGAUGCUGUACAAUAGCUGCCCACUGCUCCUAGUACAAGGAUGGGUUAAAUGCAUCUCUGUAUGCAUGUGUGACAACAUGAAGAGGGUUUCCUCCUCCAAUUCUCUUCUAAAUAUUGUUAUUUUUCUCAGCCCUGUAAAGUUGUAUACUCGGAUGUGCUGCAAGAAAAAAUGAGCUGGUCUCUGAGAUUCUGCUCAACUAGUAUUAUUAUUCUAGUACCACAGCUUCGUUCUUAUUUUAGUGAAUGUAUUAUUUACCUUGUUGAGCGUCUCCUGUUGUUUAAACACUGUAUCAAGAAAAGGCUGAAGCUAUCAGGAGUUUGUUUUAUAUUUGUCUUAUUUUCUGUGUAAUGAAAAGACUGUUUGACAUUUUCUCGAAGCACUGUGAUGUUCUUGAAUGAGCAUGGAAGAUCUCAUUCUAUUAAAAAUGACUCUUGAAAACUAA